GGGUCUUGUUGUUUUGUAGCUAUCUUGUUAUUUUGUAGUUAUCACUGCGCACAAUCCGCACUUGCUCCAUCCACUGCAGUGCUUUUUCAGUUCCUUUGUCGUGUGGACGCGAGGCCUAUCUCGGAGCUGAGCUAUCGGAUUUGACGCUCACGACAGUUUUUCGAUACAAGUUUGGAUGAUGGUGAUAGAGGGGGAUUAACAAUCCCGAGCGUGUUUUUGUCUGCUGGUAUGCUCCAUUGGCACCCUCAGUUUUGGCUCUGUCGAAUGACAUAAUUGGUUCAAUUCUUUCCAUCUAAAGUAGGAAAAUAUUGCGGGAUUUUUCUUGCAAGAAGUAUAUUGGAGGUUGCCUUGCAUACAAACUUGCUCAGGGUUCGGUGUUGAGGCUUAAAGGGCUAUGAACUCUGGAUUCAUGAAGAGGCUCACAGUCUACCGGACAGUCUUCAGUGAAUCCGUAGAAGUUCACGCACAUUCCAUCCGAACGCCUCCUUUUGUUAUUAUUCAUAGGCGACAAGCGGUCAAUGUGACGCCUCCAAGGGUCAUUCCUUUGUCAGCAAACAUUCCUCGAGUUUUAAUGCUAUUUCAGCCUACAAAGAAGAGUUUAACAAGAAUGCGAUGGAAGGGCCUUACAAAACAGUAAAUAUGAUUGAAGCACAUUCGGACAAGGAUGGCAAAGAAAAGGGAACGUAUGCAAGUGUAAGCGAUUUCGAAAAAAGUACAGGGAAGGUCGAGGGUGUUGGGAAAUCGGUAGGCAAUGCCGAUGAGGACGCAGUGGGCAAGACGGAGAAGAUGGGCACUUUGGCUGGCAAAUUUGAAGGAAAGGGUGUAGGUAAGACAGAGGCGACUAAAGGUGAAACCAUUGGAAAAACUGAGAAUGACAAUGUGGGGAAGCUUGAUAAGAGUAUUGAGACAGGAAAGGUUGUAGGGAAAGCUGAAGGAGAUGUGGGCAAGGUAACAGGAAAGGUUGUAGGGAAAGUUGAAGGAGAUAUGGGCAAGGUAACUGGAAAUGUUGUAGGGAAAGCUGAAGGAGAUGUGGGCAAGGUAACUGGAAAAGCAAUAGGUAAAGGCGAAGAUGUGGGUAAGGUCUCUGGAAAAGGAGGUAAAGUUGAAGAGGGCGGGAUUGAAAAGGCUUCUCAUAAAUUCGUUGGGAAAGAUGAAGGAAGCAGCGUUGGGAAAGCUUCUGAGAAGAAUCCUGGCUACGAGGUUGGGAAAGCGGGGAAUAAAAUUCAGAAUCAAACUACGGAGAAGAUUUCUAGCACAGAUGAUAAUUCCAAGCAGUAUGUAAUUGCUGUUGCUGGGAAAUCAGAUAUGGGGUUCAGUUAUGCAGAAAAUCUUACUGGUACUGCCGGAUGCUUGAAGCUCCCCGAAGGAUCUACUUUAGUAGUAUACGAGAAGGGUGAAUCAAAUGAAGAUGGAUUUCGAGUGGAUGUCUUUAUGGACCAGCUUAUGACUCGUCGUUUUGGAAUGUUUCUACUUUAUGCUCGCCAACUGCCCUCUACUCAUACACUGCUGUCUCAGAACUUUAAAACACUGCCUGUGGGGACAGUAAGUGUUGCUGAUAUUCAAUUUCAGGGAAAAGGUCGUGCUGGCAAUUCAUGGGAGUCCCCCAAGGGCUGCCUCAUGUUCUCCUUCACUGUUCAGAUGACAGACGGACGUGCAGUUCCGUUUUUGCAAUAUGUGGUAUCGCUCGCGGUUAUCCAGGGUAUCGAAAGCCUCUGCAUAAGCAAAGGUUUUAAUGCACCGGAAGUGAGAAUUAAGUGGCCAAAUGACCUGUAUGCUAAAGGGCUUAAAGUUGGCGGAGUCCUUUGUACGUCAACUUACAGCUCAAAAAAGUUCAAUAUUGUGGUUGGAGUAGGAUUGAAUGUGGGCAACAAACAGCCUACGACUUGUUUGAAUGCUUUGCUAGAAGAAAUUAACGAGGAAGCACCUUCCUUGCCAAGAGAUGAGUUGCUGGCUGCUAUCAUCAGCAAGUUUGAGGAUCUUUUUGAUGUAUUCCUCUCUAAAGGCUUUUAUGCUCUAGAAAGCGAAUACUACAAGCGAUGGCUGCACAGCGGUCAAACUGUAGUGCUCGAGGAGAUUGAGGAAGGCAGUUCUGAAGUAUCACAUGUCCCUCUUAAAAUUCAGGGGUUGACACCAGCAGGCUACUUGCGAGCUGUAGAUGAUGCAUCAGAGACAUAUGAACUUCAUCCAGACGGAAACAGUUUUGACUUCCUGAAAGGCCUCGUGAGAAAGAAGAUGUGAAUUACGUAUUGAUUUCCUUCUGCGAACCAACUCUCAAUCUGGGACAUAUAUAGAUUCCCCAUUGUGCAAAGCUUUUUCGUCCUCAGUGAAGUCAGUGGAGGAUCGCCUGGUCAUCAAGCGCUUAGUCAAGUGUGAUCUGUCGAUACCAUUAUGUAGGACAUCUCGUACUACUAUCUGUUAUGUAUUUCAGGUGCUUGCUUCCCGGAGGAAAAGCACGGUAAGCUUUAUUGUGAUAAUGUACACGUGUCAAUAUGAGGAAGCCUUUUGAGAUGGCGAACCCUAUACCGAGUGAGACCAAUUGAGAGAAAUAUAUCACCAUUUUCUGUAGUUUUUUUGCAGAUGCAUAGUUGUGUCCCACUUGUUCAGAAAUUUCAUGUUGUACAAUUGGAUGUUGUAUUACCUGAAAAUGUUGUAGUGCACAUAUUUUUCAAUAAAACGCAUGCUGUUGGCUUGGAGGAGAUGGUCAAUAAGCACUGAAUACCAAGUUCUAUUUU